AUGGAAGAUACUUCAGCUCGUGGUGAGACUUCAGUCAGUCAGUCGUCAGUCACUUUAUCAUCAGCCAUACCACCCGAACGGACACCACCCUUUCCAACCAAAUCAUUCCGCUACAACCCAUUCGCCCGCCCAUCAAGCCAGGUGGCAGAAACAUUCCACCGUCAAAUGCCAGACAUGCCCAUGCCAGACAUGCCCAUGUCGGGUUUACGGUGGCUCUACGAGAGCACUCUCGCCAUAGAAGUGCCAGACAUGUCCAUGUUGGAUUUACGGUGGCUCCACGAGAGCACUCUCGCCAUAGAGUGCGACGCGUCCGCAACAUGCAAGCUCCUCAAAGACUACUUCAGCAAAUACGACCGGAUUGGCGGCUUCGGUGUCUUCAUGGAACAAUUGAUCGAAACGGGCAUCGACUUGAGCACGGUUCACAAAAAAGGUGGCAGCCUCGAUGAGUGGGUCCGCUCUUUUGACUUCGUCCCUGGCAACGUCUUUGCGAGUGACAUGACCGAUGCUGUAAACAGAUUGGCCCAUGACAUCGAGCCUUCAGUUACCGGUGGGUGUGGUGGCUUGCGGCAACUCUUCUUCAGAGCGGUGCAGGUUGCGUCGGAAAACAAGACGCGGAUUGGGUGGGUGGUUUUGGUACUCAUGGGUACAAUGCUUUGGAAAGGUCGGCGGUCGAGGGGGUUGAACGCCCAGGCCAUCAAUCAGGCGAGUGAAGAGGACGACGGCGGCGACGAUGGCGAUGGUGAUGGUGAUGGUGAUGGUGAUGGUGAUGGUGAUGGUGAUGGUGAUGGUGAUGGUGAUGGUGAUGGUGAUGGUGAUGGUGAUGGUGAUGGUGAUGGUGAUGAUAGUGAUGGUGAUGAUGAUGGUGAUGGUGAUGGUGAUGGUGAUGGUGAUGGUGAUGGUGAUGGUGAUGGUGAUGGUGAUGAUAGUGAUGGUGAUGAUGAUGGUGAUCAAGGUGGCCAGAUCAUGUGUCAGGUGAGGCUAGACAAAGCGAGUGACGGCCAGCGCACGGCGACAAAGGCUCCACCGCGGUUGGUAUGGGGCUAUCUUCUUUCAAGAAGACAGGUAACUCCCAAUGGCGAAUUUUGUUUUCAAGUCUGUUUUCCGUCGAGUGGGAAGAGGGGGAAGAGGGGGAAGGGUGGGAAGGGUGGGAAGAGUGGGAAGAGUGGGAAGACUGGCUGGUUUGGGACUGAUCAGGUUAAGUUUGUGAAUGAAGAAAGAUUCAAUGGGCAUGAUCUAAGAAAGAGGUAG